AUGACGAACAAGACGAAGGAUCGAUCGGAAUCGGUGAAGAAGCGACCAGUGAAGAGGCAUUUCUUCGGCGACAAACCCUCCAAAUUGACUCGCCACUUGGCUGUGGUGCAGCCAGUUUUGCCAGCCGGUUGUCCUUUUGGAGCAGCUUUUCUGCCUCUCACUCGUGGCACAAUCAUACAGGCCAAUGGGAUACACAGAAAUAGGCCAUGGUUACCGCCCUAUCCGUUUGAUUCAGUUCGGACUUGUCGCCGAUUGACUCGUCUGGGCGACAGUGAUCCAUCCGGUCGUCCGACCUGCGAGUAA